AUGUCCUUCCCUCAAGAUCCUCGGCGCCGUCGCGGCGGAGCCGGUACUGGUUUCAGCUCAACCGGUGGACGAACUGCCAUGGGAUACUGGAUCCCCUUGGCCUUGACCGCUGGAAUUGCCACUAUCAGCAUUGCUGCUUGGAUUUGGAGUGAAAGAAAUGACGAUGACGAUGACGACCAACCUCACGGGGGUAAUGGCACUUACCCACCUCCUGUCGGACCUGGAAGUGACUACCCUCAACCUUCCUAUGCUACCGGAGAUUAUGCCCGAAGCGCAGGCGCAGAAGCUAUGCCCGGAGAUGCUCCCUAUGAUCAUGGCAUGAUGGCUCGCAUGCAAGGUGCUUUGCGCCGCACACCUAGCCCUCAACAGAUCUUUGACGGCGCCAGCAAAAGGGUUGUGGCCGGCGUCACCGCUGCUGGAGCUUUCGUUGGCGGCGCUCUCACCUCUAUCCGUGAAGACAACAAAGGUGAAGGUGACUUCGAAGACCACUCGAGAUGGUCCGAGGAAGCUCAAAACAGAGCUCAGGAGAGGAGCCAACAAGCUACCAUGCAACCGACUAUGAGUGGUGGAUUGCCGGGUCGCCCAGCAAAUGCAGGCCAGUCUUCCUUGGACAAGAAGAAGAAGAAGACUGUUGCGAUUGUGGUCUCCUCUGUUUCAUCAGCUGACUCUGACGAAUUUACUUCCGAGCAUGCAUCGAUUCUCUCUCACCUCCCAGAACACGUCGAUAUGGAAACCUCUAAAAUCUUUGUGUUGAUAUAUGCCCCCGACUUGAAGCAUGCUAUCAAGAAAGGAGGCUCAUCUCGCCCUACGCUUUCGAUUGCCUCGUCCUAUUCAAACAUUGGCACAGAGGAAGCAACUUCUCCGGGAGAAUUGACUCCUGGCGAUCUGUCCGCAGUGGAACCGCGCCAAGACGACGAAUUGGAGGGCACAACUCGCUUCUUCAGAACGUUAUACACACAGGCGCAAGCCCUAGUCGAGAAGGAUACCAUGAUCAUGCCUUUCAGUACCGUUGGUAGCUAUGUACACCUCGUCCGCCACCUGUCCCCCGACCUUGUCUAUGUCCAGGAGUCUUUGACUGGGGAGCAAGGUGAAGCUGUCCAGCAUAUCGCUGGUUGGGUUCGCCAGGUCAUGGUCGUGGUCGGUGACGAGGGUGGCCGUGGCGGGCUUAUCGAUAGUGAUGACGAGUCCGCACUUGGUGAAAAGGGAGAGAAAUGGUGGCAGAAGGAGGGUGUCACUGGACUCGGCAAGCGCAUCGACGUUGUUGACGUUGUGCGGGUCGGAGAUGACUGGCGACGCCGAGUGCGUGGUAUGGACUAG